GUGUAUACAGCGUGAGUCACCGGGAGGCGGAGGAGGUGGAGGAAAAGGAGAAGGAGGAGUGCACUGGCCGGGAUCGGUGCAGCGCACACACUCACUCACACUCAGUCACUCUCUCCGAGCGCGUCGCACUCGCUCACACACGCCCGCAGUCUAGGAGCGCGCAGGACCCCGGGCGCCGCGGAAAAGUUGCUCCGGCUUCCGCUGGAGACUAAUUGCUCUGGGAAGUGCAUUGGCUCCGUGCAGAAGCUCGCGGAAUCCUGUUUUCGUGCCACGGGACCCCGGGAUCCUAGGCCGCCGCUGCCGCCUCUGGGACGGUCGACAGCCUCGCCAACAAUAGCGGCGGCCGCCCCCUGCGAGGGGCCCCGAGCCUGCGCCCGCCGGGGUCCAAGGAACUGAGCCGGCCUCCGCACCUCUCCGGGACGCUGAGCCAGCGUGGUUUCCGCGUGCAGCGAGAGCGCCGAGGAAGCGCCUGGUGCUUUGGCCCCCGUGGGGGCCGAGCUAAGGCAAGUCUGCAGACUCCAUCCCGCGGGCUGGAAGAGGUCGCGGCGCCCGCGCCAAGCCCGCAAAAGCGCCUUUCUGCGCGGAUCCGGGAGCGUACAAAGCCGGGGCCGCCCCGGCCGGGGACGGGAUGCGAGCCGGUCCCGUGCGCUCUGCCAUGAGCGGCGCCUCGCAACCGCGGGGCCCAGCCCUACUGCUCCCGGUCGCCCGGGGCACCCCGGCCAAACGGCUGUUGGAUGCGGACGACGCAGCGACGGCCGCAGCAGUGGCCGCAGCCAAGUGCCCGCGACUCUCCGAGUGCUCGAGCCCCCCGGACUACCUCAGCCCCCCCGGCUCGCCGUGCAGCCCGCAGCUCCUGCCCGCCGCGCCGGGGGCCGGCGGCGGCUCCGGGAGCGCGCCGGGGCCCAGCCGCAUCGCGGACUACCUGCUGCUGCCCCUGGCCGAGCGCGAACACGUGUCCCGGGCGCUGUGCAUCCACACGGGCCGCGAGCUGCGCUGCAAGGUGUUUCCCAUUAAACACUACCAGGACAAAAUCAGGCCUUACAUCCAGCUGCCGUCACACAGGAACAUCACGGGCAUCGUGGAAGUGAUCCUUGGGGAGAGCAAGGCCUACGUCUUCUUUGAGAAGGACUUUGGGGACAUGCACUCCUAUGUGCGAAGCCGCAAGAGGCUGCGGGAAGGGGAGGCCGCCAGGCUCUUCAAGCAGAUCGUCUCCGCUGUCGCCCACUGCCACCAGUCGGCUAUUGUGCUGGGGGACUUGAAGCUAAGGAAGUUCGUCUUCUCCACGGAGGAGAGGACCCAGCUCAGACUGGAAAGUCUCGAAGACACACACAUCAUCAAGGGCGAGGAUGACGCCUUGUCGGACAAGCAUGGCUGCCCAGCCUACGUGAGCCCCGAGAUCCUUAACACCACAGGCACCUACUCCGGGAAGGCGGCGGACGUUUGGGGCCUUGGGGUGAUGCUCUACACCCUGUUGGUUGGACGCUAUCCCUUCCAUGACUCAGACCCCAGUGCCCUCUUUUCCAAAAUCCGCCGCGGACAGUUCUGCAUUCCCGACCACAUUUCCCCCAAAGCUAGGUGCCUCAUCCGCAGCCUGCUGAGGCGAGAGCCCUCCGAGAGACUCACGGCCCCCGAGAUCUUGCUCCAUCCCUGGUUUGAGUCAGCCUUGGAACCUGGCUUUAUCGACUCUGAAGUGGGAACGGCGGACCAGAUUGUCCCUGAGUACCAGGAGGACAGUGACAUUAGUCCCUUUUUUUGCUAAUCCCCCAAAAAACCUCAGAAACCUCAAAAUUCUCACACGCGGCAUUUCCAUUUCUAAAGACGGACAGGCCGCUGUGCAUGGUGCCAGGGUCGGGGCCUGCAGAGAGGCAGUCCCGGCAGAGGCCACCACGGCGCCCCGUCCAGCUUUGGGAAGACUGACCCUAGGACCGAGCGGCAGUCACUUGGAUUGGCUGCCCUGCGAACUGAACCCUUCGCGGGUGAACCUUCUUCGCCAGCAAGCCUCUGGGAGAAUCAGGGGGUUCUACUUCUCUGGGGAGGAGCCAAAGAGCUGGGACAUCCUCUACCACAUGGUCAAGUGUCAUGAACUCAAAUGUUCGA